ACCAUCUUAGAGUGUCAAGUCCUCGGGAGGAUUUCUUAUCAAUGUAGGAAGUAAAUGUUUUGAUGAGCCAAGUAGAGGAUUCGGUCCUGCCGCGGAGGAGUCAGUUUGUUGUAGCUGUCCCUAGGAGGAGGAACAAAAGGUUAAGGAAAUUUUCUACUAAGCUGGAUGGCCGGUUACAGUUUGACAAGAAGACUAAACUGUUAGUUGGACACCCUCCCCCGGUCGUAAAGGAUCCUAAUUUUGUAGAUGACCCUGAGAAAGGGUUCCAGAAUUCUAUUAAAAAGUUGAAGUCCUCCAGUCUUGGUGGUGAGGCUUCUCUUUCUGUCAAAGAGGUCCUUGAUAUAGUAGAGAGGAAAAAACAUCUCUUAGCCAAGGUCAUGGACGCUUUGAUCAAGUUUAGCCGGCACUUAUUACGAACUGAGGACCUUGAUGGUGAAAAACUGCGAGUUGACUUGUUAGAUACGAAUUUUGUAUCCUUGUUGUUUCGCCAAUUCCCAAAGUUUUCCAAAUCCACUGCUCAGGGGAAAUUCAAAUUUCCUGGCGACGUUGUUGCGCAACUAGUAGGUGGUGGAGAAAGUGGACGUACUGAGCUAUUUACCGAAGGUGGCUUCCUUUAUGCGCCAUUUAGUUUUGAUAGGAAGCAUUGGCUGUCUUUGUGCAUCGAUCUCUGCAUCACGAGCAUCGUUGUUCUUGACUCCAAUAUCCAACUUCGGAAAGAUCAUGAUAGAUUUGGUGAACUACAACCCUUUGCGCUAAUGCUGCCAUAUCUUCUCAUCCAGCAUGGGGUUUAUCAUGGGAAAAGGAAGAGGUCAACCACCCAUUUCAGCAUCUCAAGGCCAUCUAGCAUACCGCAGGUAAAGUGGCCUACAGACUCUAGCAUUAAGUCUAUCUUUUUGAUACACGCACAUGCAACCGAUGGGUUAGAGGAGUGUGGUGACUUGACCGUCGAGCAAUUGGAUCCCGAGCUGAAGAAAUUUAUAUCUGCAAUAAUCCUUGUUGGGGUCGAGUAGGUAGCUCAUUGGUGGGUGUAAACAAUUCAGCUGUCCUUUAAUGUCUUUGUGAUACUUUAAUGUAUUAUCCUUUAAUGUCUUUGUUA